AUGUCCCUGCUCAACCUACCUAAUGAUCUUCUAUUAGAAAUCUCCGGGAAACUCAAUCUCCGUGGAAUCUCAAACUUCCGAAAAGUCAACCCUCAACUCCGUUCACUUCUCACAUCGCUCCCACCAACUAAAAACUUCUCCUGUAUCACCGUCGCUAUUGAACAAGAAGUCAUGACUACUAUAUUCGAGUCAAGAGGAGCUCAUCAUGAGGCGGUAGCAUACAUGAAAAGAGAUGAUGGUUGUCAGGUUAACGGGAAACUGUUUCCUGGACAAGAUUUCGUGGAUUUUUAUAUCAGAGAUUUAGAAAUUAACCUGCGUUACCAAAAGGGAGUAUUGGAUGAUUUCAUAGUUAUCCAAGAAGACGGUGCUAAUGACUCAGCUGGAAAAGUCUCCAAUAUUUUGGAAUCACGAGUCAGACCAUUGGCCACAAGAUCUUUAUUAAUGCAAUUGACCAAUUCAAAUCAGGUAUCUCAGUUCCUAUCACACCUGGAUGUAAGCUCUCUGGAGAGGAUUCAUAUUAACGGAAAAGAAAGGUACAUCCCGUUUCGAUUCGAGGAGUUUGAGCAUCUGGAGCAAUGGAGGGCCGCGAAAUCAUUCUAUAGUACUGUCUAUCAUGAGAAUUCCCAAGUUUUCUCUCAUCUGUUACAUUUCAAAAAGGCUGAAAUUAGUGUGGACAAUCUCUUCAUGAGGGACUUGCUUGCCGUGCGAGAUGCCAUUCUCAGCUCUCGACUCAACGAGUUCACUGUACACUAUGUCAAUUUUGCUGAGGAAGAGGAGUUUAAGGAUUUGUUGGAGGUGGAGACUGACCAGUGGCCUCGUGUCCACUUCAAAGUCCGAAGAAGGUUUUCGAUGACCAGGAUGAGCAUGUGUUUAACACCAUUUCAAUGA